CUAUUAAGAGCUGGCGGGCACGGCUAUUCAGAGGUGGCACGCGAUCGACAUCCUCAGAACUCUCCCACCAGGUCUUGAUUCCCUGUACAGGCGAAUGAUGGAACAUGUUUGCGAUUCGAAGGAUGCAGAGCUGUGCAAACAGAUCCUGGCCGUUGUCUCAGUCAUAUACCGCCCUAUCUCUUUGGAGGAGCUGACAUCUACAAUUGAGUCUCUAGCCCGCUUCGAUAGCGACCCUGCAGCCUUGGAAACUGUCAUCGGAUCUUGCGGCUCUUUUCUAACUCUCCGAGAGGGAACUAUAUACUUUAUACACCAAUCAGCGAAGGAUUUCCUGUUGAACGACGCUCACAGCCAAAUCCUCCCUUCUGGUAUCGCGCACCAGCACCAUGCUAUUUUCUCAAGAUCACUUGAAGUCCUAUCCAGGACACUUCGACGCGACGUCUACGAGUUGAGCGCCCCAGGAUUCCUCAUCGACAACGUCUCCCCGCCCGAUCCAGAUCCAUUAGCGCCUGUACGAUAUUUUUGUAUACACUGGGUCGAUCAUCUUCGCGACUUAAAUCAUGCAGAAGGAGUCGCACAGAAGCAACUCCAAGACGAUGGCCCUGUUCAUACCUUCCUUCUACGCAACUAUCUUUACUGGCUGGAGGCCCUUAGUCUACUACGCAGCAUCCCACAAGCCGUGCUGGCAAUGCAGAAGCUUGAGCCCUUAGUGGGGGGUUCAGGGAAUGGACAACUAGCAGACCUGCUUCAAGACGCUAGACGAUUUGUCCUGUCUUGCAAAGGAGCUCUGGAGAUUGCUCCGCUACAAGUUUAUGCAUCAGCGCUCACUUUCUGUCCUACCCGGAGCUUAGUAGGAAGACUGUUUAGAGACGAAGCACCAAACUGGAUCAUUUCAGCACCGGAUAUAGAAGCGGAUUGGAUCACAUGCCUGCAGACGCUCGAGGGUCACGGUGACACUGUCAAAUCGGUGACCUUCUCAUCCGAUGGCCAGUUGCUCGCGUCAGCGUCCAACGACAGGACGAUCAAGGUUUGGAAUGCUACCACGGGUGCUUGCAUGCAGACGCUCGAGGGCCACAGCGACUGGGUUAUGUCGAUAGCCUUUUCGGGGGACGGCCGGUGGCUCGCCUCAGCUUCCCGGGACGAGACCGUUAAGGUCUGGGAUGUGGCAACAAGUGCCUGCGUGCAAGCACUCGAGGGCCAUAGUGACUGGGUUUCUUCGAUAGCCUUUUCGGCGGACGGCAAACGACUUGCUUCGGGGUCCCGCGACAGAACUAUUAACAUCUGGGACGCAGCAACGGGCGCCUGCAUACAGACACUGAAGGGCCACGUCCGUUCGGUCACGUUACUGGCCUUUUUUGCGAACGAUCAACAACUCGCUUCAGGGUCAAUGGACAAAACGGUCAAAGUGUGGAACGUGGCGAUAGGUGCUUGUAUAAAGACUCUCGAAGGCCAUGGCGACUGGACCACUAGUAUGGCCUUCUCGAUGGACGGCCAGUGGCUCGUAUCAGGGUCUGAGAACGAUGCGACGGCUAAGAUCUGGAAUGCUACGACGGGGACUUGCAUACAGGCGCUACAGGGCCACAACAGCCAUGUUGCAUCAGUAACCUUCUCGGCGGAUGGCCAGCGGGUCGCCUCGGGAUCUGGCGAUGGCACUAUUAAGAUCUGGGACACGGCAAAGGGCGCCUGUAUGCAAACUUUAAAAGGCCACCGUGAAUGGGCACUCUCGGUGACUUUCUCGCCCGACGGCCGGCGACUAGCUUCAGGGUUCGGUGAUAAGACCGUCAAGUUCUGGGACGUGGCAACGGACGCCUGCGCGCAGACGCUCGAGUUUCACAAUGGGGGGAUCACGUCAGUAGCUUUCUCAGAGGACGGCCAGUGGCUCGCAUCAGGGGCCGAAUCCGAUGGGACCGUCAAGGUUUGGGAUACGGCGACAAGCGCCUGCGUACAAACGCUGCAAGGCCAUCAAAGCUCAGUCAAAUCAGUAUGCUUCUCGGCAGACGGCCAACGUCUUAUCUCAGGGUCCGGCGAUAGGACGGCGAAGGUCUGGGACGUGGCGACAGGUACCUGUGUGCAGACGCUUGAAGGGCAUACCGACUGGGUCACAGCGGUAGCUUUCUUAAGAGAUGGUGCACGGCUCAUCUCAAUGUCCGACGAUGGGAGGCCCGAGUCCAGGACCUGGGUGGUCAAGGUCUGGAACGCAGAAACGGGCGCGUGCGUGCGGACGCUCGAGGGGAAUAGUGGCUCGGUCGCUCGCCCUUCCUUUGUUACGAGGCCUAACACGCGUCUCUCUGCCGAUAGGGACGUCCAAGUUCUAGAUCUGUUCGAUACGGAGACGCAGCCUCAAAAGAUCUCAGGGAUCUCUACAGUGCCUCAUGAUCACGGCUAUAGAAUCAGUCCCGAUGGAGUCUGGAUCGUAAAACAUGACCAGAGAAUGCUUUGGUUGCCCUCAGAGUAUCGGCCGUUGACUUCAGCCAUUUACAAGUCAACAAUCGCCCUUGGAUGUUCCUCAGGGCGGGUACUGAUCAUACAGUUUUCGACAGAAGCAUUUGAGAGAUAGACUGCUCGCCUAUAAAUACUCUUAUAACAAGGACGAUUGGGUCUGUGACUUCUUAAUAACUCCCU